AUGCUCUUGCUGUCAACUUUUGACUCUUUGGCCCUUCCUUUCCUAUUUUUACUCCUUCAAGUCAGCGUAACACCCUCCACCUUCAUCACUCACGCCCCUUCUAUAUAUGCUCAUCACCACCCAUUUCUCUUGGCAUCCAAAGCUUGCUCUCUCCACCAAAGUACAGAGUGGGAAACGCACGGAGAUUAUAUAAGUUGCAGCGAAGAAACAAGCCGAGAUGGGGAGACCACCGUGUUGUGAUAAAGAAGGGGUCAAGAAAGGACCUUGGACUCCCGAAGAAGAUAUCGUUUUGGUCUCUUAUAUCCAGGAACACGGCCCUGGCAAUUGGAGGGCUGUGCCUACUAAUACAGGGCUGUCACGAUGCAGUAAGAGUUGUAGACUUAGAUGGACUAAUUACCUGAAGCCAGGAAUUAAACGUGGUAACUUCACUGACCAAGAGGAGAAGAUGAUAAUCCAUCUUCAAGCUCUUUUGGGCAACAGAUGGGCGGCCAUAGCUUCGUACCUUCCACAGAGAACCGACAAUGACAUAAAAAACUAUUGGAAUACCCAUUUGAAAAAGAAGCUGAAAAAAUUGCAACCAGGUGGUCAGGGCAACUCUAGGGACGGAUCAUCAGCCUCACGAUCAAUGCCACGAGGCCAGUGGGAGAGAAGACUUCAAACAGACAUCCACAUGGCCAAGAGAGCUCUCAGCGAGGCUCUAUCUCCGGAUCAUGAAACACCUUCUUGCUUAUCCGAAUCAAAUCCCUCUAAGCCAGCAUCCCAGGGCUUGAGCUAUGCCUCAAGUGCCGAUAACAUAGCUCGUUUGUUGAAAGGGUGGAUGAAAAAUCCACCAACGGCGACCACAAUAAGCUCUGCAAUCACACAAAGUUCUAUAAAUAACCUAGCUGCUUCAGCCUCAGGUUCAGGCAACGAUACUGCUUCUAGCGAAGGAAUUGCAACAAGUGCAUCGAAGGGAAACAGUACAGUUCAAUUAUCUGACACUAGUUUUGACUCCUUGUUCGGCUUUGAGUCUUUGGAUUGCUCUUCGAAUUCUGAUUUUUCUCCCGAGGCUACUCUGGACAGCAAGCCGGAUUGUGCAGGCGCAGAAAUGCCCUUUCAUUUGCUUGAGAAGUGGCUUCUCGAUGAUGCUACUACGAUCUCAUCAGGUGACCAUGCAGGCGUCCAUUUUUUCUAGCUUGGUUCCAUUUCUGACUCUGGAAGUUCAUUUUUCUCACUUCUAGCCUUGACUUAAGCCUUAUCAAGCCUGAUUUCUUCUCAUUUAAAGCUUUUUGGUGCCUCUGUGUAAAUUUCGCCCUUAUUAUUAUUAUUAUACAUUCUAUCUGUGUUUAAUUUAUUGACUCGUAGAAGUAACUAAUGACAUUAUAUGUUUUUAAA